AUGCCACUCUUCAGCCUGAAGGCUCUGCCAAUGUGGUUGAAUACAAUUGUGGUCAAUGAGACUCUGCUCAAGCGCUACUACUGUGAAGAUGCAUUCGUCCGCCAAUGUCGAUCAGGUGGGCAGCGUGGCCUACAUGCCGAUUUAAUGACACACCUUGAGCAGCUUCUCGUUUUCCCCUUCCAUAUCGAUCUAGCCCAAGAAGCUCGUCGGGCUUCGAUUGAGGCUAACGGGAUUGGGUCCACUACUGGCGCUAACCCAGUUAAUGGGGUCCAACAUUCUCAGAGGUCCAAUCAAAAUCAACAUCGACAUUCAAACAAACACCACCAAGCCUCUCAUGGACAAACACAGAAACCAAAACCAGUCCCAAAGCGAACGCACCAGACGCGACCAACGGUACUGCAGUCCCCACGGUUACAUAGCGCCACCGUUGUGGCUCUUCCUAACCAGCCUCCACCCCCUGGGGCCCCAGCUGGCCAGCAGGUGAUGACGUCCGAGCAGCCUCAUACACAGGCGUUGACAUCCCACGUAGUUCUGCCUAAUAGCUAUCUGCCAUUGAAAGCGAAGCAUGACAUAAAGGGUCUUUCUCAUACUCAGGUGAGUUAA